CUGUAGACAAGUGAAUCAGCGUUCUAAAAAUUGCAAUUUGCAAUACUUACCAAUACUCACAGACCUUUUUCGAUACUCGGUGAGAUCUGAUGUUAUCCGAUUCAUGGUCAAAUUAUACUUUGUUGUACAAUCAGUAAUCAAUACUGUAAUUUUUUAAAUAGUUUUAUAUGUUGAUUCAGUUGGUUUCUAAAAUUUACUUCGUAAAAUGUUUUUUUUAUUAAAUUAAUAAAUUACUUACUCAACUAAAUUCCUCAAAUAUCGGAGUAAAUUUUGUGCAACAUUAGCAUGUUCACAACCAAAUAAUAGUGUCAAGUGUUAAAAAUUUAAAUAAAUAAAUUUUUUAAGAGUGUGUGUGAUAUAUUUAAUAAUUACUUUUUUUUAAUGACAUUAUUAUUAGCUAUGUGAAUUUUAAUUAUUAUAACCAGCAUGAAUAAAAUGUCGGGUAUGAACUAUUGCUCCGUAUUUUCUGUACUUAGAAGUCCUGAAUCGGGUAAAUUAUUAAAAAGAAUCAUCUGAAUUAUUUUAUUUAUUUAUUUAAUUAUUAUUUACUUAAAAUAUUAUUAAAUUAAAAAUUAUGAUUGUGUUUAAUGAAAAACAUUAAUUAUUCAAUAUAAUUUUGAUACAAAAAAUUAUUUAGAUUUUUUUUUUUUCCUUUUGCAAAUGUGAGAAAAAAAAAAAAAAAAAGAGUUGGUAUAUUAAACCAGCUGCCGAAUUACGUCAACAUACGAAAUAACAUAUAUAUAUAUUUAUAAAAUUAAUCAUAAAUUAUUAUUUUUUUUUCUAAAUUCAGUGAAAAAGUAAAAAUAGAUUUUUUCUUUUUUAACAUACAACAAUUAGCUAUAUUUAGAUAAUUAUUAUUAUAAAUUUUAUUUAUGAUGAUUGUUUCGUGUUGCUUGAAAAUUUGUUUUUAAAAAAAAAAAUAAUAUAUAUUGGACUUUGAUAUGUUAUCAUUGUUAUACCUUCAUUGUUGUUUCUUGUGAGUUAAGAAUUGUCUUAUCGUGAUUUACAAACAUUAACUAUUACCAAGUAAAAAUAUAUUCAAGUAAAAAAUUUAUUUAAAAUAGUUUUUUUGAAUAUAAAAUUGAGAACGAGGUCAAACAAAGUAUUUUGUCGAUUGUAUAAUAAUAUACGACAAUUAAAAACGAUAUUUAUAAACCGUUAUGUAUUUGAGAUCAACUAGAGGAAAAAAAGGGUGGUACGAGAAUAAAAUUGUGGCUGUCAGAAGUUGUGAUUGGGUAGCUGGAAGAAAAUCAUACAGAUCAAAAGUAAAUAAAAUAAUAUUGACAGGUGAAAUUAACGUCAAAUUAAUAUCAUCAUCAUCAGCUUUAUCAAGUAGCAGUGAUUGGAAAUCAUUGGAAACAAAAGACAUUUAUCAAUUGGGAUUGGAACGCGGUAUGAGUGAGGGUGAACGAGCAGUAAUAACGCCACUAAUUGGCUGGCGAAAACUUACAGAUCCUGGUGACUGACAUAAAAUUAAAAAAUCAACAAUAUCGAAUAACAAUCGAUAGCACCCACCAAUUAAUUAUACAAUCAUCAACAAAAACAAGAAAUUAUUUUGUAUUUUAUCAUAAAAAAUUUCAAUGAAUUUUUUAAUAAUAUACAAAAAAAAAUUAUUUAAAAAAUAUUUAAAGAUGGCAGGUUAUCAGUGUCGGUAGCAGAUGGGGUUUCUGCUUGACAGUGAUUGAAUCAUAAAAUUAAAAAAUUUACCUGAUCUAAAUGUAGUGUCAUUAGUUAAUAGACUCAUGCUAUUUACCAAACAAACAAGUAUCAGAUAAUCAAUUUGCCAUCUUCGUCAGUCAAUAUUUAAAAUUGAUAAUUUAUAAUAAUUAUAAAAAAUAAUAUUAAGCAUAAAUAAGAUAAAUAAUUUAAGUACAAGACAAUAAUUUAAAUAGUGUUUCGAGUGGUUGGUUUUGCUUUUUUUUUUUUUAUUUGUUUUUAAAAAAUUCAUCAUGCCUGCUGCACCAAAUAAAUUAAAUUUAAAUUUUGCUAAAAAUGCAUACAGUGUUUUUGGUAAUCGUGAUAAUGAUAAACGCAAUGAAAACCAGAGAGAGCAAAUAAAAGAGCUACUUGAGGGAACUCGAGGCAAUGGUCUUUCACAUCUUAAAAAUGGUGUUGAUUAUAUCAAUCCAGGCAAAGAAGAUCAAAUGGAAAUUUAUGGAUACCGGAGAAAUAAAAAGCAUACAUUUUUAACAUGGCUUUUAAUAGUGCUUACUUGUGGAUUACUCCGACUCAUAUUUCAUUGGAUUCCUCAUCUAAUGAUUAUGUUCACUCAUUCCAAGUGUCCUCUGGAAGAAGCUGACACUGUUCUUCUUAUUGAAAGAUUUCAAGGAAAACAUGCCAGUCAUUAUGUUAAAAAAUUGUAUACAAUUGUCGCUGAAGAUGUUGUAAAAAAUUCAAUCAAUAAAAAAUGUUUGAUUGAUGAACCAGUGACUGAUUGUGCAACUAAAGAUGAACCAAUUGAUACAACAAUUGCUACAAAAAAAGAUGAAAUUCCACCGACUUUAUCAAUUCAUCUUUAUGGUGGUAAUUUUAAACAAGUAUCAUCAAUCCUAACAUUUAAAUGUAAAAAAGUUACUUAUAUAUGGGACAACGAAAGAUCUGAAUUUAUGAAGUUAAUUGGCCUUGAUAAUGAUGUACUAUUGUCAACAUUACAUCAAAUGCCUGGUUUAAGCGAACACGAACAAUUUUUACGAAAAAUUGUUUAUGGAAAUAACGAAAUGAUUAUUCCAGUAAAAUCUUUUUUAACUCUUUUGGGUUGUGAGAUUUUAAAUCCAUUCUAUGUCUUCCAAAUAUUUAGUUUUAUUUUGUGGCUAUGUGAUAAUUAUUAUAAAUAUGCUGCUGUUAUCAUGACUAUGACUGGUAUAGGAAUUUUUAUGGAAGUCUGUCAAACACAAAAAAAUCAACGCAAAUUACGCUCAACUCUUCAUUCAUCGGAUGUUGCAACAGUAAUGAUUGAUCGUACAACUGGAAAAACAGAAUCAAUAACAACUGAACGUCUUGUACCAGGUGAUAUUCUUGUUAUUCCACCACAUGGUUGUUUAAUGCCAUGUGAUGCUGUAUUACUUACUGGUAAUUGUAUAUUAAAUGAAUCAAUGUUAACCGGUGAAUCAGUACCAGUCACUAAAACACCAAUACCAUCAUCAAAUGAAAUAACAUAUGAUACUAAAGAACAUGCACGUCAUACAUUAUUUUGUGGUACAAAAAUUAUACAAACACGUUAUUUUGGUGGUGAAAAAGUAUUAGCUGUUGUUGUUAGAACAUCAUUUGAUACAAGUAAAGGUGAACUUGUACGUUCAAUAAUGUAUCCUGCUCCAGUUGAUUUUAAAUUUGAACAAGAUUCAUAUAAAUUUGUAGCAUUAUUAGCUGUUAUUGCUAAUAUUGGUGUAAUAUAUACUGUUAUUACAAAAAUAAUAGAAGGUAUACAACCAGUAUCAGAAAUUGCACGUAGAGCACUUGAUUUAUAUACAAUACUUAUACCACCAGCAUUACCAACAGCAAUGAGCGUUGGACGUUUUGUUGCACAACGUCGUCUUGAAAAAAAAAAAAUAUAUUGUACAAGUCCACGUGCAAUUAAUGUUGCUGGUUCAAUUAAUUGUAUAUGUUUUGAUAAAACAGGUACACUUACUGAAGAUGGUCUUGAUAUGUGGGGUAUUGUACGUAGAAUUGAAAAAAAAUUUAUAACACCAGAAAAAGAUAUAGCAAAUAUAUCAAUUGAUGAAACAAUUAUUGGUAUGGCAACUUGUCAUGGUAUAACAAUAAUUGAUGGUCAAUUAGUUGGUGAUCCAUUAGAUUUAAAAAUGUUUGAAUCAACUGGUUGGAUACUUGAAGAACCUGAUGUUUCUGAUACAACAAAAUUUUCUAUGAUGUUUCCAACAAUUGUUAAACCACCACAAGAUAAAAAUAAUUUUUUAACACCAAAAAAAAAUAAAAAUGAUUCAAUAAUAACACCAUUAAAACAACAACAAAAUUCAAUAACAUCAUCUGAUAUUAUUGAUGAUAAUAUUUCAUUGAGUAAUUUUGCAAUAUCUGAUAAUGAAAUAAAUGAAGAACAAGGAUUACAAAUUGGUAUUGUUAGACAAUUUCCAUUUACAUCAAGUUUACAAAGAAUGAGUGUUAUUACAAGAACAUUAGGUGCAUCACAUUAUGAAGUUUAUUGUAAAGGUAGUCCAGAAAUGAUAUUAAGUUUAUCAAAACCUGAAUCAAUACCAACUAAUUUUUCAUCAAUAUUACAAGAAUAUACAUCUGAAGGAUAUCGUGUUAUUGCAUUAGCACAUAAAACACUUACAAAAUUAUCAUAUCCAAAAGUACAACGUAUGAAUCGUGAAAUUGCUGAAUCAGAUUUAACAUUUUUAACAUUUGUUAUAUUAGAAAAUCGUUUAAAACCAGAAACAACACCAGCUAUUGAAAAAUUAAAUCGUGCACAUAUUAAAAUAGUUAUGGUUACUGGUGAUAAUAUGUUAACAGCAUUAUCUGUUGCAAGAGAUUGUGAUAUGAUUAAACCAGAAAUAUCAGUAAUUGCUGUUUCUUCAAUAAUGCAACAUCAAAAUAAUACAAAACCACAAUUAUAUUUUACAAAAAGUAAUAGUCAAUCAAGUCCAAUGUCACCAAUUAUUGGACAAGGAAGUAUAAGUGAAAUGACUGAUUUAAAUAGUAUUGCAUCAUUGGAAACAAUUGAAAGUGGAUCAUUUACAAAUGCAACAAAUGUUGGUGGUGGUGGUGGUGAUAAUGACAAAUAUCUAACUGAUAAUAAUAUUUAUUCAAGUAAUAAAUAUAUAUUUUCAAUGACUGGUACAACAUGGACAACAAUUAAAAAUCAUUAUCCAGAACUAAUACCAAAAUUAGUAACACGUGGUGCAAUAUUUGCAAGAAUGUCACCAGAUCAAAAACAACAACUUGUACAAGAAUUUCAAUCAUUAGGAUAUUAUGUUGCAAUGGUUGGUGAUGGUGCUAAUGAUUGUGGAGCACUUAGAGCAGCUCAUAUUGGUAUAUCAUUAUCAGAUACUGAAUCAUCAGUUGCAUCACCAUUUACAAGUAAAUUAACAAAUAUAUCAUGUGUAUUAUCAGUUAUACAAGAGGGUCGUGCUGCAUUAGUAACAUCAACAAGUAUAUUUAAAUAUAUGGCUGGUUAUUCACUAAUACAAUUUAUAUCUGUGAUGAUAUUAUACAGUGUUAGAUCAAAUUUAACUGAUAUGGAAUUUCUUUAUAUUGAUCUUUUUAUAAUAUCAGCAUUUGCUUAUUUUGGUGGUAAUACUGAAGCUUAUGAUGGACCAUUAGCUAAAAGACCACCAUUAACUAGUUUAAUAAGUACAUCACCAAUUCUUAGUUUAUUUCUUCAACUUGUUAUUGUGGCUAUAUUUCAAUUUAUAAGCUUUUGGCAUAUACAACAAAUGUCAUGGUUUACACCAUUUAUUGCAAAUACAACAUCAGAUACAGAAGAAACAAAAUGUUAUGAAAAUUAUGCAAUAUUUAUUAUUUCAUCAAUGCAAUAUAUUAUACUUGCAAUUGUUUUUUCAAAGGGUCAACCAUAUCGUAAAUCAAUAUUUACAAAUUAUGGUCUACUUGGUUCACUUACAUUAUUAACAUUAUUUUCAAUAUAUCUUGCUAUUGAUCCAAUGGAAAAAGUUAAAGAACACUUUGAACUUAAAGUACCAAAUGAAUUACCAUUUAAAAUUAUAUUAAUUGUUUAUGGAUUUGUAAAUUUUGUUAUUGCUCUAUUUGUUGAAUAUUUUAUUAUUGAUUAUGUUAUUGUUAAAAAAUGGAGAUAUCAAUGGCAUGAUAUUGAUAAAUCAAAAAAAAAAUUUCUUGCUAUUGAAAGAGAUCUUGGUAAUAAUCAUAAGUGGCCACCAUUAUCACAAGAACCAUUACCAGAAGCAGCACCAGAUAUAUUAAUUAGACAAAAUACUGUUACUGAAAUUAAAAUUGAAAAAAAAAUACCAGAUUCAAUUUAUCAACCAGAUUCUGGUUUUUUAAAUAGUCCAGUAAUAUCAGCUGACUUUAAUAGAUUUGGAUCUGUUCGUGAAGUUACGUUAAAUCCAAGAUCAUUAUUUUAUAAUGAAAGAGAUACAGUGUCAAUGUCUAAAGUACCAAUAUGUUUAGAAGAUCGUGAAUUAAAUAAAAUAAAACAACCAAAACUUGAUUUAAUAACAAAACGACGACAUAAUUCAGAAUCAGAAAAACGUAUUUAUUGUGAUGAUGAAAUUGAAAAAAAUAAACAAAUUAAUUAUUCAAAUAGAUUAAAAAAACUUAAUACAAUUGCAACACUACCAAGAAAUCAUCAAAUUAGCCAACAAAAUCAAAAAUUUAUCAACAAUUCAAAUCAUGAUAAUUCAAUAUCUAAUGGUACACAAAGCGUUCUUGAACUUGAUAUUUUACCAUCCUGAGAUAUUAUCAAAAUUAUAUCAUUUAAUAAAUUGAUAAUCUUCAUAAGAAUGGUGCUAAAUUUUAGAUUAUCAAUUAGAGAUGUCAACAUAAUAAUCAUUGUGCAUUUAGAUGUUGAUUUUAAUUUUUUUUUUUUAAUUUCUCUAAUUUUUUUUUCCUUGAAAUUUUCGUACAAAUAAAUUUCAAAAAUAAAACUGAUAAUUAUCUCUGCCGAUUAACAAUGAUCUCUUGAUGAUUCAUUUUGAUCUUCAAUGAGUCAUUGACACAAUAAAUACAAAAUAGAUAAACUAGUAUUUGUUGAUAAAGUAUUAUUCAAUAAAAGUAAAAUCUAUACAAUUCAUUAUUAAUAAAAAUUAAAUUGUAAUAAUUAUUAUAAUAUACUUAAAAAUGAAUAGUUAAAUAAUGUGUGAUAAAUAACACAGAACAUAGAUGGGAUCAAUUUGCAUUAAUUGUUUUAUUGUUAUUCCAUCUGAUUAGAAAAAAAUGUGUUUAAUAAGAAAUUAAAUAAACGAAUAAAUAAUAAUGUGUUUAGAAAAAUUGUAUGUCAAAUAAACAACAUAGAUAAAGUAAAUAAAUGUAAAAAAAAAAAAAAAAAUUGAUAAUUACGUUUGAUUGAUUCACAUGCCAGGUGCAUGAAAAUUAUUUGUUAAAAAAAAAAAAAAAUAACUGAUAACUAAGUUACUUGAUUAAUCUCUUUGUUUUUAUGAUUUUUUUUUUUUUUUUUCAGGGAUUAGAUAAAAUAUGUGAUUUGCAUAUACAAUUAUACAAUUAUACAAUAUAGCUGUUGAACGAAAAUUAUACAAUUUAAAAAAACAAAUUUAUGACUAGUCAAAUAAAAAUGUACCCAUUGAACGAAUUUUUUUGGUCUAAUAAUAUAUUAUUUAUUUUAAUUACAUAAUAAUAUUUUAAACAGAUGAAUUAUUAUUACUAGGAAACUGGUAAUUAAUAAAAUUCUCUUUGUAUGUUUAUAAUAAUUGUUUUAAUUUAAAUUUGACUAGAUAUUAUAUUAGCGUUCGAUUUAUGCUUAAAAAUUUGCACUGAAUUUUUCUAAUUACUAAUAAUAAUAUCAAAUAUUAAAAAAAUUAUUUAUCAUUUUUUUUUUUUUUUUGAGUAUUAUACUGGCAAGAAUUAUUUAAUUUUCCAAAGGUAUAUUAUAAAUUUAAUUUAAAAAAAUACUAAUUUAUUACUUAUUUAUACAAUAAAAAAUCAUCACGGCAGAUAGUUAAAAAAUUUAUAAUAAUAUAUUUUAUUAUUUAAUAAAUUAUUAUGAAUUUAACUUUAAAAAAUUUGUUUAUGAAGUGAUUUUAUUACAAUAAUUAAAGGCUGAUUUUAGUAUAACAAAAAAAAAAUUGCAAUAUUUUAUUAGAUUUAUGUAACUAUCUGUAUGCCAAUUGUCAAAAGUAAAUCAACAACUUAACUUUUGCAACUACUUGAUUAGGGGAGCCUGUUCCGUUCAUUCUUAACUUACUAUGACUCAUAAUUAUAUUUAAAGAUACAAUCUCCAGUUAAACUUUUGUUUGUACAGUGAUGUAUUAACUCUGUAUGACUAGCUGAACAUAAAGUUUGGUAUGUUUAUCAUUUCUGAAAAUCUUUGAUGUUUUUUUUUUAUAAUUAUACUUUUUUUUUCUCACAUUUUCAUUAAACUAUAAUUACAUAAUUAAACUUUUAUCUAUUUUUUGAAUUUUAUAUUUUUCCUGAUCAUUCUAUUGUCUUGCUCGAUGUAAAAAAAAUUUAUCAACAAAUUAAUUGUCCAGUAUUUAAACUACCAGUCGAAUUAGAAAAAAAUUCUAAGAAGCUGUUUGUCUCGAACAAAAUUGCAG